CUCAGACGCGCCUGGUUGUAACACCACGAGAGUUGCGAAAACAACCUGCGGGUGCUCAAUGUCAUGGAGUCAUACCAGCGAACCGACAGAUAAGAGCCACAUUUAAAUCAACGAUGCCAAUACAUUUCGAAAUAUAGGAUAUUCUGCAGCAAGGGCUCCCCUGGUUCACCAUGUCGUACCAGAUGUGUAGGGUAGUGGAGCUGCUGAGGCGCUCUGCUUGCUACCAGACCCUCAGAAGUAGAUCCUGUCUGCACAAGGCAGUGUUGUCCCCUGUGUGUCUCUCUGGUGGUUGUGUCCCAGGAGCUUCUGUGCUUCAUAGACGGGCCUAUAGCUUGGACUCUCUCUCCUCUGGUCCUGGUCGGCCCUCACUUGGGUCAUGCUCCCAACAGCCUCGUGCAGAGAGGACAUCACCUUCCUCAGCCUUCACACACAGGAACCUGUCUGCGGUAGCUUUACAGGGCCAGUGCAGACCUUUGUGCAGAUAUGACUUCCUUGACCUUGGUGAGGUCGAGGAAAACGUUCAGCGUGCUCAAGCCUGUAAAACCAUGAGACGUUUCCUCGUAGACCCUGACCUAGCUAAACUGGUAGCCCAGCACUUGGAACCUGAGGAUGCAAACACUGUGAUCUUUGAAUGUAACCCAGGCCCUGGGGUGUUGACUAAGUCACUGCUUAAUGCUGGGGCUCAGAGAGUCGUGGCUCUUGAAGGGGAUAAGUUCUUCUUGCAAGAUCUUCAGGAGCUGGAAAGUCAUCUUGAUGGUCAGCUGGAAGUGGUUCACUGUGACUACUUCAAACUAGACCCUAUUGGCAAUGGAAACGUUAAACCCCCUGCAAUGUUCACCGACAAACUAUUCACAGAUCUGGGUAUAUCAGAAACCAGCUGGACCGAUGACGUCCCUGUGAAGGUGGUGGGAAUGCUGCCCCAGCGUAAUGAGCGUGGCUUGCUCCUGAAGAUGGUUUACGCUCUGUUUGAACGGCUAUCUGUCUACAGAUACGGACGAAUAGAGCUCAACCUCUUCAUAAGUGAGAAGGAGUACCUGAAACUGGUGGCGCGCCCCGGAGAAAUGAUGCACUACAGAGCCUUCACUGUCCUCUGGCAGAUGGCCUGUGAUAUUGAACUGCUGCACAAGGAGCCCUGGGAGUCAUUUGUUACGUCUUCACGACAGAGUGUAUCGGGCCCUAAGGGCAUGCUUCCCAACGACCACCUGUGCCUGGUGCGUCUGCGUCCCCGGGCUGAUCUCUUUUCUGCAGGCCUCACUUCUUCCAAUGCUUCAACUCUGCUCAUGAUGAUCAAACAGUGUCUGGCAAAAAGAAAGGUCAAGCUCAUUGACAGACUCAAUCUCUGGUCACCAGAUAGCGGAAGUAAGCUGUUGUCAGAGAUGGGCCUGCCGGAGGACAUCCUGACAGGCCAUGUAUAUCCAGAGGAGUACCGUCGACUGUUCCAGCUAAUGGACAAGAGUCAGGAGUUCACACAGAGCUGGCUCUAUGAAGAGAUUCUGGAGAACACACAGAGGGAAGGCUGGGGAUAAAAUCCAUUAAGGUUGUUUGUAUAGUUUUUUUAGGAAAUGAAAUAAAACAAAAAAACAUUAUUUAAUGAUAAUAUAAAUAACAAUAGUAUUAUAAUAUUUGUUAUGAAAUGAGGACUCACUGAAGAGAUUACAAUUGCAGAAACACAUGACUACAUAGAUACUUUGGUAACAUUCUGAAAUGAUGAAAUGAAAGUGUCUUACUGUACGGACGAAAAAAUGGAGGAAUUACAUCGGCUUGUUACUAUCCUGGACAUUGAUGACCCUGAGUUGGCACAUAAGACAAAAAUUAAAACCAAAAUGGUUCUUGCCAAUGAGAAAGUCGAACGGUUUUCUGCAACCUGUGGAUUAAAGAAAAGUUGCAGGAUAAAAUUCUUAUGAUGUGUUAUGUUAAGAGCAUAAUGUUAUGUUUGCAGCACGCCUGAGGGGGCUAAAAAAGCUUUGUGGAUGUACAUGGCCAUUACAGUGAUAUCCCAAUUAAUUAAAGGUUGCACAUACUUUUCUAUUUUUUGUCUUUUCUAAUUGAUUCUGGCAGCAGAUUUACUGAAGACAAUGCUGUAUGUAUAAUGUAUUGUGCAAUUUUCCUGACCUACAGCAGUGCGAGGAGACGGGACAUUUUUUCACCAUAAAGCUUGACUUGUUUAUAUUAGUUUAUCUGUUUUCUGUGUAAGUUUUGUGUCUGAUAUGAAUUUUAAUUGCAAUUAAAUUAAAAAAAUGAUAAGUAUU